AUGGCUUCUCCCUCUACCUCGCAACGCCUAAACGGCAAGGUCUGCAUCGUCACCGGGUCCUCUUCCGGCCUUGGCAGGGCCAUAUCCUUGGCAUAUUCUCGCGAGGGAGCCAGCCUCGUAUGUGUCGACCUGAAGCCGGGCGCUCGCGCUGAGGUGGCUUCCGAAUGCGAAGUCAAUACGGAUGAGCUGGUCAGGCAAAAAGGCGGCCGUGCCGUGUUCAUCAAAGCGGAUUUGAGCAAGGCCGAUGAGGUGGAGGCCAUGGUGCAUCGGGCUGUUGCUGAGUACGGUCGGAUUGACGUACUUGUAAAUAAUGCAGGAAUUUCCAUCGAGGCAAACAAUGCACCUCUCAGGAUUCACGAAACCCCGGAUGAGACAUGGGACACGACAAUGGCCGUCAACGUCAAGUCCAUAUUCUUGACCUCCAAGCAUACCCUCAAGCAGAUGCUGACCCAGGACGCCUUUCCUUCUGGGGAUCGAGGGUGGAUCAUCAACAUGUCGUCCAUUUUCGGACUGGUUGCCGGCCACAACAACUGCUCAUAUGCUGCGUCCAAGGCCGCCGUGUCGAACCUCACGCGGCAAGUCGCUCUAGACUACGCUCCGGAAGGCAUCCACUGUAAUGCAAUCUGUCCUGGCUAUACACAGACAGCCAUUUUCAAGAACACAGUGGCCUAUUUGGACGACGCCGAAGGCAUUCGUUCACGACACCCUCUUCACGGUGUCGGCGUUCCCGAGGACAUCGUUGGAGCUGCCAUCUUUCUUGCUAGCGCUGAGGCGAGGUGGAUUACCGGCGUGUCUCUUCCCGUUGACGGAGGAUAUACGGCUCAGUAAAUGCUGGAGUUUGACUACUAGGAAUGAUCAUGAGGUGUCAGAUAUAACCACCAAUGCGAUAUUGGGAUUGUAGCAAUGAACCUGAAGCUC